AUGAUUUCGAGCGAUAUUGAUGCCAUCUUCAAGGCCAGAGACAUUACCCUGAUUUGCGUUGCUACCCCGCUCAACCUGUCCAUCUCCAUCUUCGGUCUGUACCGGCUCGUGGGGUGGCCUUCCCUGGUAGCCGCAAGCAUCCUGGUCGUAUCAUUGUUGUCAAGUCUAUAUACUGCUCGUGCCAUGGCCCGGGCCCAGUUAAAAGUCCGAGACGCGCAGGACUCCCGAAUAUCCUUGGUAUCCGAGGAUCUCUCUUUGAUAAAAGCAAUCAAGUAUUUCGCGUGGGAACAAUAUGCCUCUGAUAAGAUCCAAGCGGCACGAAGGUUUGAGCAGAAGUACAUCUGGAAGCACGUUGUCCUCAACACCAUAAUCAGCGUUUUGAACGCCUCAUUCCCUUAUGUCGCCCUUCUCUCCAUCUUCGUGACCCGAGUUAUGAUACAAAAGAAACCGCUCCCUGCAUCACUAGCUUUUGCUACAGUGGGCUUGAUCAAGAAUAUUCGCAACCGGCUCAACAUGGCAUCUUUCUUGUCCCGCAACGUCACGGCGGCCAUGAUCGCUUUCAAGCGCCUCGAUGGGUAUUAUGGACGGUGCCAACCCCUUCAACAGCAUCCCCUCGGCCCGUUGCAGAUACGCGGAGGUUCUUUUGCCCCAAGCGGAUCCGCUUCAUUCAAGCUGGAAGAUAUCACUGUGGACUUUGUUGAAGGCGGACUGAAUACCGUUACUGGACCCAGCGGUAGUGGCAAGACCACCUUGUUGCUUUCCCUCCUCGGAGAAACGGUGCAAGAAGGCGGCCGAGUAACGAGGCCCAAGGACGUCGGGUAUGCCCCACAAACCGCAUGGCUUCAGAAUGACACGAUUAAAAACAACAUUAUCCUCGAAGAGGCCUUUGAGCCGGCUCGCUAUCGACGAGUUGUGCAGUGCUGCUGCUUGGAGUUUGAUUUCGACCAGCUGCCAGCGGGAGACGAGACAAUUGCUGGUGAAAACGGAACCACGCUCUCUGGCGGGCAACGGGCGCGAGUGUCUUUAGCCAGAGCAUUCUAUUCCAAGGCGCCCGUUCUUCUGCUCGACGACAUAUUUUCCGCCCUUGACGCGAAGACCGCGGCGGGCAUCUGGGAACACUCCUUCUGCAGCGACUUGCUCAAGGGUCGCACAGUGGUUCUGGUCACGCAAGUGCCAUGGAUCGCGGCACAGUCAGACCUGGAGGUCAUUCUCUCAAACGGCCAAACCCAAUCUGUCGAACAACACCUUGGCGUUACCCGAAGGCCGGUUUCUGUAGAGAUAGCUCUGGCCACGGAUUCAGGGCUCCGUGAUGGAGGCAACGGCGGCGAAAAUGGGAAGCCGGUACCUCCCACCGUGGAAAAAGAUCGGAGUGUUGAUGCUGUCGAUGCGGAGAUGAGGGCUCGCGGCGCAGCCCGAAGAAUUUAUGGCAAAUACAUUGCAUACUGGGGGCACCCGAUAUUCGUGGUCAUUUGCAUCGCUACCCUCGUUAUUGGAGCCGCGACUAUCCCACUCGGAAACUUGUGGCUGGCGAAAUGGACAGAAGAUGGUGAACAAAACCCCGACAUCGAUGUCCCAUACUACCUAAGCAUAUACUGCGCAAUCAUCGCAGCCGAGGUUGUGAUGAGCAACAUACCCUUGAUCAUGAGCAAGUACGGUGGUUGGGUGGCUGCUAGGACAAUACACGCGCAACUCGUUCAAUCUAUCAUGAACGCCCCUCUGUCCUGGUUCACCGAGAUUCCAGUCGGCCGGGUUCUCAACCGCUUCUCUCGAGACAUGGCCUCUCUGGACAACAAUCUCCCAUACCUAGCUAAUAUGGUGUUGUGGCUGGGCAUAUCACUCGUCUACCGCCUCCUGGCUAUCAGUUCGGUACUCCCGAUCUUCGCCGUACCUUCGACAGUCGUAUGUGUUAUCGGCGUCUUUGUGGGCGAGAUGUACACGCGGACGGGCGUUAUAUUGCGCCGCCUAGACUCCUCGACCCAGUCACCGGUGUUUUCACAAUUUGUCGACACCCUCACCGGCCUCGCUGUUGUGCGGGCCCGUGAAGGUAUGCCGGAGAAGUUUGGCAUGAUCCUCAUGGAGCGCCUGCUGCUCUGGUCGACAGCCGCCGAGUCGCUCUACAACGCCAACCGCUGGGUAGCAGUUCGUAUCGACCUUGCUACCUCCCUCGUGACCCUCGGGGCAGGCAUAAUCGCCCUGGCCAAGGCAGACUCAACGCCCGCGGGUCUUAUCGGUUUUUCUCUUGCCAAUGCGACUGGAUUAAGCCAGACAAUUAUCUUCCUAGUGCGCUCCAUGAACGACCUAGAGAUAGAGCUACAAAGUUUCGAUCGAUUGCAAGAGUACCUGGAGCUAAAAUCGGAGGACGCUUCGGACGACCCUCUUCCCGAAGAAGGCGCUCCGGAUAGCGAAGGCGGACCCGUGAUACCUCUCAAUUGGCCGCAGAACGGUGAAAUCGAGUUUCAGGAUGUCACAAUUCGUUACGAGGACAAGGGGCCGGAUAUCCUGUCCAACAUUAACCUCAAGCUUCGAUCGGGUGAGCGAGUGGCCGUCGUUGGACGGACUGGGUCGGGAAAAAGCACACUGGUCUUGUCGCUCCUUCGAUUCACCCACAUCGCAUCCGGGAAGAUCCUGUUCAACGGAGUGGACAUUUCCAAGGUACCCAGGAGAAGGCUCCGCCAGGCCGUUACCAUCAUUCCACAGGAACCGGUCUUGUUCAGCGGCACCGUCGGCUCUAAUCUGGAUCCGACAGGCAGCGUCCCCGAGGAAACACUCCAAAAUGUCAUAGACUCCACCAAGACCAUUGCCUCAUUCCAGCACCGACGGUCGUCCAGGGAAAGCAGCGAUUCGGAGGAGAGUGACACAAGUGCGCGUCAACAGGAAGGGACCGAACCCCCAGGGCCUCACACUCUCGAGUCCGGUUUUGGCGCAGGGGAGAACUUUUCCCACGGCCAACGACAAGUGCUGUCUCUGUGCCGCGCGCUUGUUCGGAAGAGCAAUCUAAUGCUUCUAGACGAGGCCACUGCGAAUAUGGAUCACGAAACGGAUAGGGCCAUUCAGGAGAUCUUGGGCCGCGAGGUUGAAGGAGGAGACCAAAACCGAACGCUCGUCACGAUAGCCCAUCGACUGAAGACGAUUUUCAACUACGACAAAGUCGUGGUUAUGGCAGAGGGCAAAAUUAUUGAAACCGGCUCCCCUGGGGACUUGUACCAAGCGCAGGGUGUCUUUUAUGAGAUGGUGGAGCAUAGCGGCGACCGUGAUGUAUUCAGGGCGCUCUGA